GGCUACUUGAACGGCGAAAGCGGAGCGGGCCCGAAAGAGAACGAGAGCUAAGCCGCCGAGCGAGGGUCCGUUCAGAGCAGCUCGGCUCGAGGCUCCCCGGUUCUGCAGUCGCCGCCGCCGCGCUUAUCGCCAUGCUGACGGGAGCCGCCGCCGCCGCCGCCUCCCUGGCUCGGGAGAACCAGGAGAACGUGCCUCCGGGAGCCAAGGGCGACCCUCGGCUGGCGGGCGCUGCGCUGGGAACGCGGGUCGCUCUGGGACUGCUGCGGGGCAACCGGGAGCCCCUCGCCCAGCCGCAGGUGAAGGGCCGGAGGGGAAGGGGAGCCGUUUCCCGCGCCCCUGGGCCGGUCGGAGCUGCCCCAGACCCCGCAUCCGCCAUCUUAGAGCUCGGGGCAGAAAGGAGAAGGAGGCGGCGGAGAGGCUCCUUGCAUUGGGGGUGGGGGGAGAGAGGGGCGGGAUGUCCCCCACCCCAACCUCCGGGCGCCCACCUUGCUGCCGCUGCUGCUCUUGCAAGCGAGAGCUUUCGGGGCUCAGUGGCGGGAGAGGAGGCCGCCCGGUCGGCCCUCGAGGCUGCAGGGGGCGCUCCCCGCGGGCGGGUCCCAGAAAGGGCGCCCGGAGGGAGGGCGCCAACUUGGGCGGCGCGCCUCUGGCCGCCCUGCCCUCGCCGAUGGUUUUGGUGCACGUUGUAUGCGAGCAUCGCCUCCCGCUUCGUUCCGAGGCGGCCGCGACGUGUAGCCGCAGCGUGGCCUCUCAUCAUGGGGACACACCCGCAGGGCAUCUUGGUUCACGAUAUAGGUAUAUCCCACGCUUUCCCCAAGGAGGUCAAGGGUACUCAACCUUCGCUUCUCUCCUGUGAGGUUGGGAAAUAGUGACUGCACUGUUUUCUGCCUUCCUGUUGAACCUGGGGAGCCCCGUCUCUCAUACUUGAACUGCUGCACUGCCCAGGCUUUUAUAUUAAAAAAAGAAAAAUGAGUUUUGGCCAGUGGAAAAGUUUUCAAAGGCCAUUGUCAGGUAUUGGGUGCUUGAUUGCUAACAGUGAACUUCGUGUUAUAGGCUUCCCUCAGCCAAAUUCCAUGGAGUACCAAUGAUGAAAACUGCCUCGAUGUUCCCUUGGGCAAAAUGGGAACUAAGCAGCCCGCUUUUACCAUCCAUAUGGAUGAGCCUGAUGUCACCAGGCAGAAAAAACGUAUGAUGUCGAAAAGGAUGUCUUCAAGUGAAGAGGCCCUAGGCUUGAAGACGGCAGUCGCUUCAAUGGGAAUCAGGAAACCUCUGACACCUAUAGAUAACCCAAUGGAUCUGAGCUUCGGUGAGGGUAAGAAUAGGUUUGCAUACUUCAGGGUCCCAGCCCAAAGUUUAAAGAAAUCCUGGCUUUUAGUCAUAUGGGGGUGCAGUCCAGGUGUCCCAACACAGAUUAGUCUUCCGGAGUAAAGGAGUAGUGGAAAAUGGUUACAUUUGCUACUAAGGGCAUAGAAUCAUAGACCUGGAAGGGGCCACGAGACUCCAACCACCUACAAUUCAGGAAUCUUUUUGCCUAAUGUGGGGCUCAAACACAACCCUGAGAUGCAAAGUCUCGUGCCUUGCUGACCCAGCUAUACCUGCUGGUUGUUUUUUUUUUAAAGGAAACAGUUACUCUUAACUGUUGGCAGGUUAAUUUAUUAAAGCAUUAAACUACAGUACACAAGCAAGGACUACUCUGGACUUGAAAGAACUAAACCUUUAGUUGCUUUAUAACAGGCAUGUCCAACUGGCCGAUCGGGAUCUACUGGUCGAUCACAGGAUGUCUCUGGUCAAUUGCGCGAUCCUGAUUGAUUACCCAAAACCAACCAACCUCCCCAAAAAACCUCAACGAUCAAUCCCCCCCCAAAAGGAUCAAUCCAAUGGGUAGAUCACUGCCAGUUUUUUAUGGUGGGAGUAGAUCGCAGUCUCUUGGGAGUUGGAUGUGCCUGCUUUAUAGCAUUCACUGUUGAACUUAAGAUGUUGCUUCAUAAGAAUGAAAAUUGUUUUACAUAUUGCUUUACAUAUUUUGCAUUUUAGGAUCUCCAAGUAUUAUGGAUAUGUCAAUAGUCCAAGAAACGGAACAGAGAAUUAAUGUUAACCACGUACCAGACUACAUUGAAGAUAUCUAUAAGUAUCUUAGGGAAAUGGAGGUGAGAAUACAGCUUAGACAUUUUAUUUUUGGAGGGAGGAAUUCUACCUAAUUGAGUUUGGGUCCCUUUUAACUGCACAGACAUUAUCUUGGUAUAUUCAUAUGAAGGGUUUGGCUGUCGAUUUUCUGCUGGGUUCCCUUGUAAAAUGCAUACAAAUACAUACUGGGUCAAAGAAUGUCAAGUCCCCCUAUGCAAUACAAUUCUGGCUUGUAUGCCCUGUCACAUGCAGCUAUCUUUGCAAUUUGCCACUUGUCUGGUGUGAUCGCAAUUGCAGACAAUUGACUUAGAUGCUGUAUAAAAAACUGGUGGGUGGUGGGGGUCAGUUAAGUGGAGAAGGGAUAGCUACUAUUGUGAGUGUUAACAUUUACCUCUUUUGGUUAGCUCUCUUGAUUGUAGAAAGGAAAAAUUGAGGCUUGCAGUCAUAAAACCAUGCUGGCAUGAACUUGGCAAGGAACUAGAUCAGUUGUGAGCACAAGUAGAAGUGCUAAUUCAGAUAGGAGGCAUAUUUGUUCCAGUUUGAUUUACAACACAAUGUGUUGACUCUCCAGGCUACUUGGGUAGCAUAUUUCUUGGAAACUUGCAUCUAAUAGCAAAUAGGUCUGACCACUUUUUUAAUAUCAAAAGGAGCUCUGAACCAAUGUAUCCAAACAGGAUAACUGUCCUCUUUCAAUUUGUUGUCUGCUCACACAGAUGGCUCCCCAUCAAUUGUGAGCAAGUGAAUUUAAAAUAUAGGUUUCUUGUUUUUCAAAAUCUUAAACUGGGACAAAAGUGGCGACCUGAUGACUCCCCCAACCCAGAGUUGUAAAGCUGGCCUGCAGUCUCCCAGCAGAAAAUCAAAUUUCAUAGCAGCCCAAAGCGCUUCAAAAAGUGGCAGAAAGUAAUUAACAAUGUCCUCUUUAUAGGUGAAAUGCAAGCCCAAAGCAGGUUACAUGAAGAAGCAGCCAGACAUCACAAACAAUAUGCGGGCUAUUCUUGUGGACUGGCUAGUGGAGGUUGGCGAAGAGUACAAGCUCCAAAAUGAAACUUUGCACUUGGCGGUAAACUACAUUGACAGGUUUCUGUCUUCAAUGUCAGUGCUAAGAGGGAAACUUCAACUUCUGGGAACUGCUGCCAUGCUGUUGGCAUCGUAAGUAAACUUAACAUCCAUUGUAUUCUAUAUUUGUUUUACUUUGGAAUAUUACGUUUUGUCUCAUAAAAACCAAUAUUUCCCAAUUCUGAGAAUCCAGAGACAGGUAAAAUCGUUCAACACUUCCCAAGUACAGUACUGACACCCAUAUCAGAAAUAUGUAUCUGGGCAAAGUACUGCUGAAAUGUGCUUAUUGUUUUACAAAUGUGUAAAUUCUUUCACAGCCUGAGGCCAUUAAAGCAGUGUACAAGAAAAGAAUAAACUACAAAUUGUAAAAGCUAUUGCUACAAUUACUGUUCCAUAAAUCAUUUUGUCACACCUCGGGGAAAGUCUAUAGGCAUCUAAACAUGAUUCUGGGUGUCUAAUUUCAGCUGGAGUGGCACAGUAUUCUUGCUACCCAUCUGAGUGGCACAGUUGCCAGGCAUGGGUAUAUGGGGAGGAUUGUUCCCUUCGGUUACCUGGUCUCAAGUUGCUUUGGAUUUUAAAUGCUAAAAGCAAUACCUUGAACUGUUUCUGGUAGAAUAUUGGCAGCCUGUGCAGCUCGCUUAGGAGAGGUGUUAUAUGGUGUUGGUGGGAUACAGUAAGCCUGCAACAUACAUAUAUUUAACUUCUGUGCAUUCAGCUUUACAUGCAUGGCAAAUAAAAGAGAGGGGGUUCUGAUAAAAAUGACUUUGCCAAUCUCACCUGCCAUUGAACCCAAUGUGUUCUGACUAUCCACAAUUCUGGCUUUAGGUAUAAUCCCCAGAUUGUAACCCCCGGGUAAGUUCUGGCCUUAUUGUACCUCAGUCAACAACCUAGCUGCUGCAUUCUGUACCAGUUGCGCUCCUAGCCACUGAGGCCACCUGAGCAUUGAGUGACAAAGUCUGGUCAAUGAGCACUCCAAACUGCAUGCCUGCUCUUUCAGAGAGAGUGCAGUCUGUGCUUACAAACACGAAUCCAGUGUAUUGCUCUUUGAAUAUAAAUCUUGAGCUAUAAACAUUCAGGUCUAUUAAUCUUUUAAAGAUGCUAUUGCAACUUGCUGGUGUUUUACACCAUUGCCUGCUGCAUACAGGGUACCAGGAUACCUAGAACAUGCCAGGGUCUUUCCCUACUUCUGAGAGUUCCCAAGCUGGUUGCAGCAAAGCACUGGGAGGCAGAUAGAGUAUACAAAGCAGGAUAAAAACAAACAGCAUCUUUACUGGAUACUUUGCUUAUCCUAAUGCAUACUUUGGGAUGAAAUGGUACAAGGGAUGGAGACAAAUGCAGCUUGAUGCUUACAGCAGUGCUUUCCUUUCUACCCUAGAAAGUUUGAAGAAAUCUACCCUCCUGAAGUAGCAGAAUUUGUAUAUAUCACAGAUGACACUUACACAAAGAAACAAGUCCUCAGGAUGGAGCACUUAGUUCUGAAAGUCCUUUCAUUUGAUCUGGCAGCACCUACUAUAAACCAGUUCCUUUCUCAAUACUUCUUGCAUCAGCCAGCUAGCUCCCAAGUGGAAAACCUGGCAACGGUAAGUGUUGGUUCUGCACAUAAGGUUUUGUUUUUUCCUUCAGUUCCUGUGGGAACCAGGUGCUUUCUCUUAAGGAAGAGCUUUGUUUGAGGCAUGUGUUGGAACCAUAGACGGGACCACGAGGGUCAUCUAGUCCAACCCCCUACAAGGCAGGAAUCAACCCUGAGAUUAAGAGUCUUAUGCUGUACCAAUUGAACCAUCCCAACUCUUAACUAUCAUUGGCAGGGGGGUAAAACUUUCUCCAGCUAAUGUGGCUAGAGGAGGGAAUAGCAUGAGUCCAACUGAAUGGCGUAUUUUCCAGGUGUUUAUUAGAAGUGUCUGUGCUACUUGAAGGGCACAAUUUCCAUGUACCUGUGUGGUGUAGGACAGGAAGGGGCUGGCUUGGUUUAGCCAAUGCCACUCACAGCUUGUUAGCCUCUUAAUGUACAGAGACAGUUUGUUUGCCUGUUUUGAAAGUGCAGCUUCUGUACGACAAAAAUGCAGCUGGCCGGGUUUAAGCAUGUUUUCUCUCUCUACAGUACUUGGGAGAACUGAGUUUAAUUGAUGCUGAGACAUACCUGAAAUAUUUGCCAUCAGUAAUUGCUGCCGCAGCAUUUCAUACAGCAAACUAUACUAUUUCUGGAAAAACUUGGGUAUGUAUAAUACUUGCCUUGAUACACAUAUUGGAGCGUCAAAGGGUCUACCUGCACCUCAGCCUGCCUGUACACUGAGAUCAGAUGCCCUCUUCUGUAUCCUCUGGCCAUCAGGUCAGGCAAGUGGGAAGGCGGCCACCAUGCUUAUGGGGUGGGCCCUGCAUGGAAAAUUGUGAAGACUUGCCUGGUUGCCUUCAUUCUUUCCCAGCACCAGGCAAAAACCUUUAUUUUUCCCAGCCUCGUACCAUGAAACUUUAGAGGCUUUGUUUCUAUUUUUGCUAUGAUGUAUUAUCUCUUUCAAACUGCCUUGAAAGUUAACUGUUAUUCGGCAGUGUAUGAUUCAGUUGACAUUACUGGAGAAGAUGAGCAGGUGUUUCGCCUUGAGGCACAUAGGAACACAGUAUCAGUGGUAUUUAGUAUGUUGCUUGGUGGCCUGUAACGAUUGCUGGGCACUUUCAAUGAUCCAAUUCCACAGUUGUUACUUGGGAGGUUCAAAUGAAAGUCUGCAAAAUGUGCACACAAGGAUUCAUAGGCCAUAAUAUCUAACUGCUCUGUACUUCUAAGUAUGACACUUUCUGUACAACCUACCUCUGUGUCCCUUGCCCCCAUUUUUUAAAUUCCCCCUCUCCAAACGCUCAAGUAUUUGACCCAUGAUGAGCAUUGAUGCUAUUCCUUCAUCAUUAAAUUUAAAUGACGUUCCACCGUCUACAACCAUACAGGCACCCCGGGGCAAAUUCUGGUCUUAAGGGUACUGAAAAGGAUAAUCUCCUCUGGGACACUUGCGUGCAUAGCAUGCCUAGGUUCUUUAGGCAAUAAACAAUGGGACUACUAUCAUCUUCAGGCUCUCUUAACACAACAGAUUUUGCUCUCUUCUGCCAUUUAAUCUAGUAAUCAAAUUUGCUUGUACGUGCCAUGGAGAUAAAUCCACAAAAGUAGAGAAAGAAUUGUCUUCCCUACUAUGCUUUUAAAAAAUCUUUCCCUACAGUUCAUCCCAUGUCAACCCCAACUCUUCCUUUGAUAAUGCUAAAUUUCAGAUUCAGGACAAAGCCUAAGAAAAUAGGAGCAGUGUUCCAGCAAUAAUGCUGAAAGGCAGAGUUGAAUAACCAUCUGACAAUUUCCUUGGCAGACUGACUCUCUUGCUGAAGUUACGGGAUACACAAUUGAAAGUCUUAAGCCUUGUAUAUUGGACCUCCACAAGACCUACCAGACAGCGGCACAGCAUACGCAACAGUCUAUACGAGAGAAAUACAAGGCUGUAAAGUAAGACUCUUUCCUAUGCUUUUUGUCUAAAGAGUUGGGGGUACACUAGAAUAGGGGUGGCAAACAUGAUGCCCUCGGAUCUUGUUCACUUAAACACGGAACAGCCCCACCUAGCACAGACAAUCGUCGGGGAUUAUAGAAGCUGUAGUUUAAUAUCGGCAGGGAAGGCACCAUGUUGACUGCUGCUGCAUUAGAAUAUAUUGUCAUUUUCUACACAAAUACAGUUGAUGGAAUAUAAAUACUGUGCUGGAGAGCAGAAGUUAAGUGUUUGUCUAACUUAUCUUUUUCAGGUACCAUGCAGUAUCGCUCAUUGACCCGCCAGAGACACUAAUCUUAUCAUAACAAUCAAACUUGACAUCUCAAAGGUGUAUAUUACCUGUAAUAGCAACUGUACAGUUUUAAACUUUUAUUUAGACUUCGAUCACUCUGGUAUAUUACCAUAGAAAAUUGUGAAGUUUUCUACUUUUAUAAUGUUUUAAUGUAAACUUUUGUACAUGCAAUCUUGUUCUAAAUACUUAGGUGACGCGCCUUUAAAAGUUCUGUUGAAACAGACUUAAACCAUGCAGGUCAACCACUUAAGUACUGCUGACCCUUUUUUAAAAAUAAGAGCAUGUAAGUAGGGAUUCUGACUCUAAAUGUCAAAUCAAGAAAAUUCAAUAGAGUCUGUCUGCAUACUUGAAAUACUAAUACGAAGGAAGGUUCAGUCUAUUCAGACUCCUAUAUACAAUUAAGUUGCAACAGUAUAUUUGGGAAAGUCAACUAAUGCUUAACAUAAUUUAAGAGUGAUGCUACUUUUUACAGUUCUGAGUAGCCAUUAAGAAUGUUGACUGGUUAUUAGAUGUUUGUGCCUGCUGGUGGCAGUAGUGCCACUUAAGUUCAUGCUGCUACAGUAGCUUAUGAAACGCUGCAUUAAUGAUUUUCACUCUAACCCACAGAAAGGGAGUCUUGAAAACAAGGGCAAGAAAUAGCAUUUUUGUCACAGGAAGGCUAUAUAGACAGCUAUUGCUGUCUGAAAACUGUCUUGGCUUGUACUCUGAGGUCACAAAUUGAAACUACUUAAUGUGUUGCCUAUUUGAGCAUGCCAAACUAUAACCUACAGACGUAAAGGCCAUGGAUUUGGUGCUAGAGGUCGCAGUGCUGAACAGUGAUCUCAACUCAUGCAUACUGCUCUGCAACCCAACUGCAGCUAGCAAAGGUCCUAGGCUUGGGUAGCUGUUCAAAUGUGAUAUGUAUUGAUACAGGGUGGAAGUAGUGGGUCUGCUGUACAAACUAAGCCCUGGUUUGAAAGGUUUUCUAUAUUUGUAAGGGUGGCUAACUUUUAUAUUCAUAUUUAAGUAGGAUUUUCUGUAAGAUAGAAUACUGCUUCACAUGUGCUCACAGCAAACCAAUUGCAUGUAAAGACCUACGUGUAAACCAUCUUGAAGCUGGUCAAUAAAAUCCUGAAAGAGGACUUGUCUGCCUUUGUGUUAACUUAACCUAUUUUCAAUAUAAGCGCUCCAUAGAACCUUCUCAAGUUCAAUACCAUUUUAUAGGGCUAUUUCUAAAAAUGUCACUUUUAAAACUGUGACCUAGAGGUUUGGGUGUCAAAGAGGAGGAAAGAUGAUCUUUUGUCAUUACCCUGUGAACAGAAAGCAGAAAUCAAGUAACCGGUCAGAUCCUCACAACCUUUCCUUUAGCAAAGAGCUACACAGAAUAGAGCCCUAGUCCAGUUCUGCCUAAACUUUAUUUGAAAAAGAUACUGCACUUAGGCAAGUGAACACACCAUGACAAUUCCUUGCAUGUGCACAUACACACUAAGUUACAGAAUACAGAGCAAGCAAGUUUAAUAUAAACAAUAAAACUUCAAACAGCUUUUUUCUUCUUUUUGCCAGCUGUUUUUUUAUUGAUGUCCUGCUUUGGGGAAGACUCAGGUCUGUAGGGAAGAAAAGCAGGGAAGUUACAGCAAAAUCCAGUAGUCUGUCCAUUUCAUCAAACUACACUAUAUUAAUUUUCAAUUAUACAAAAUAUGCGCUCAUUUGCACUUCCACAUAGUGGUUUUGCCUUUCCCCUGGAAAAACCACACUCUGGUGCUCAAAUGGAACAAACAGCAAUCCACGAAAAAUCCAACUGCCAUUUGUUCCAAUUCAGUGUGAACUGGGUUUUCCUGAGGGGAAGGAAGCAAUGGGGCAAAUGGAAUGGUGGAUGAGCCCAGGUCUCUAAAAGAUUAGCAUUGUAUCUGAAAACAGCUAUGAAGGCUGUACUCCUUACCACAGGCAUGUUUAUAGGGAAUAAGCUGCACUCAUCACUUAACAUAUUUAGAAUUGCACAGUACUGAACCCUUAUGUGCAUGCUCUCUCCACCACCCCGUUUCAGAAACUGCUAUUGGGCACUACCCAGCCUUAAGGUUUUAAACCUGCUGAUACACAAUAGACAAUUCAAUGUCCAUGGGACUUUGGCUAUGACCAAUACAUUUCUGUAGUGGAAGAGUAUGGGUCUAGAACUAUAGAAGAGAUGUAUGAACUUGCUCCCUGGGUUCAGAAUUCACCUUUAACUUGAAUUACAUGGGUAAAAAAAAAAGGUAAGAAUUAUAAUGCAAUGUUUAGUUUUCUUUUAUUUCAAGUUCCAGCUAAGCACAUAAAAAUAUAGAAAUAUAUCCUUUUCUUCCCCCUUAGCAUAAAAUUUUAAGUAAACAUUUCACAAGGUGGAAAAGCUUAGACACAUCCAGAACACCAAUAUCUUUUCCUGAGUCAGAUACAAAAACUUCUCUUUGAAUCCAUAGCUAACUUUCAGUUAAAAUGAACUUAUUUUGUUUAGAUCAUGUGGCCUAGAUACAGAACACAUUUAUUCAUUCUGUGGAUUUUGGGCCUCUUUCCUCCAAAGGCACAACUUAGAAGCAGCUUAGUAACAAUUUGAGCAACUUAGUAGGUCUGCAGCAAUCCUGCCCAUAACUAUUUGCUGUCGUACAUGCAAGCUUCCACUCCAUCAACAUACAGUAUCUUUGGGGUACUGCAGCCUCAAACUCUUACCUUUCUUCAAGUUCAUCUUAAAGGACAUCUCUGAAUAUAGAGCUAUUUGGUUUUUUUAAUCCAUUAGGUUUUUUUAUGCCUCCCUAACCCCUAUUUUAUAUCCCACCUGAGUUACAGAUAUGCUAUGGACUAGGGUGGGCAUUUUGUCCUGCAAUUUGAACACUGCUCAGAAGUGACUCCAAUUUCUUAUCUGUUCAAUAAAACUAGUGGAAGUAAGACCACCAGGGUGGGAAGCAGUGCUAGGUGCCUUGCUCACAAGCAAUGUGUGGAUUCUGAAUCCCUUUCCAUACUAGCAGUAAGUCUCAGUCAAACACAGCCAGCUACAGAAACAGGAAAAUGUCCUUGUGAUUACCUGCUGAGUGCAAUUUCUGGCUCCAGGAUAACAACAUCUUCCUCUUCACUGUCAGACAACACGAUUGUCUCAUCUUAAAAAUGUAAGAAAAUUAUUCAUUGGUACAUGGGUUUCAUCUGGGAUAACAUGAUAAACGAUAUGCUGUAGCAGAAGUGCAGAAAAGGGUGUGCCAUUUCAGGCUGAUGGCAACUGUAUUGUGUGUGUUGGCACCACGGUUAAUCCUGAAUUGUGUUACAUGCCACACCAAUAUCUGAGUGGCAUGAGAUUCCAGGCGUUCC